AUGGCUCCGGCUAUCGAAUCAACAAACACAAAUGUGUUCCACCGCCUUCCCUCGCUUGACCUGCCCUCGCUUGACCUGCCCUCGUUUGACUUUGACAUUGACCUCGACGCCGAGCUGGAACUCUCGUUUCAACGCAGACAAAAGUCACUCCCCAAAGCGAAGCAGCCGACCGAAGCGCCCCGGCGAGUGUGGGAAGAAUUUAUUACGACGGGUACCAGCAAUACCAGCCACGGCACAAGCGAGAACGCCUCGGCCAUCAACAGCAUUUCCUUUGCCAGCGAAUUCGAGGCGGAACUCAACUCAACAUUCGGAGCGUCGACCUCGUCUACAGGAAUCGCCGAUCUGAGCACUCGCAACCGCGACCUGCCUCAUCGUCCUGGCCUCCUAGAACCUCUCGAACUCCCGCGGCCGUCUACCGCAGUGUCUCCUUCCGCGCGACAACAGGCUAUUGACCAGGAACGAGCCCAACCGACAGACGGCGAACAACUCGGCCGACGCAAGACAUUCGUGGACCGCCCGCGCUCCUGGCUCCCCGGCUCGCGAUCGGCGCCCAACUUUGACGAGCUGCUGAACAAGGAACGCGAAAAGGAGGCUCGACGUGCCCGACUCGCAGCAGAGUCGGCCGCAGCAGCAUCGGGCUCAGCUCUGCCAGACAAACAUGAGAGGAUAGCCAACUCUGCUCACGACGCCCCUGCAACAUCGACAGAGGCCCCACCGACGCUGCUGGUGGACGGCGACAGAAUGGUCGAGCGGCAACGAACGGUGUCCGCAUCGUUUGUCGACUUUGCGCGACGGUCCUGGAUUUCGCGAUCGCCGUCCCCUUCGCCCCAAUCGCCACGGAAAUUACCAAGAGACGACAAGGAGAGUAAAGAAAACAGGGAAGCCAGCAGCCGAUCAGGAGGGCGACUCACACGCAAGCGGCCCGUGUCCACCGUUUUGUUAGUGAACAACACCGGUGACAGCAAUGGAAGUACGAGCACCAGUACCAACAAUGACGACAAGCGCAGCCCUGAUGCAGGGCAUCAGCCCGAAGAGGGGUCCCUGAAUACGAGCUUGAGCGGCAGUAGCAAUGGCGCUAGCGGCGGUGUUGGUGGGAAGGGUCCCAUUGGAUCGGCGGAAAAGGCACUAAACGCACCAAAGGCACCUGAAGAGCCUGCUAAGGCGGCCACCACUGGCGCCACAUCUGCAGAAGUAUCCGCCGCUAAUACGACCACCGCCGCAUCCACCACAUCCACCACAACCACCGCAAGUGCCGUUGCAGCCCCUGCGUCCACAUCAAGGACUUUCAGCCGCGCCAGCACAUAUUUGAGCCGAAUGAAGCAGCGCCCCCAGAGCAUGUUUGUCAAGGUCACUUCCAGCAGUGCCAGCAACAGAUCAACCCUUGCCAACGACGACAACAGCGACGACGAACGAGAAACGCCCGAUGACACGGCCAAAGCCAAAAACACCAUCGCCGAUGCUGAUGCAAAUGCUGACGGGCGGACUUCCAGCCGCAUCGUGCCAGCUCGUCCAUUGCUGUCUCUGUCGUUAGAGCUGCUGUCCGACAAGCGUGCCGAGGCAUCCAGUGCUACUCAGUCCAACGGCAGCACGACGAACAGCAGCUCCAACAGCGACGACGGCAGCAGCGACGGCAGCGCCAACGAGAGCACGCUGCUGCCCGCCUCCGAGGCCGAGUCCCUAACCACUGCCGACACCAGCAACCACAACUGCCCCAUGCCACAUCCGACGUCGCGCGACCCUCUCUGGGUGGUCUUCAAGGAUCUCGAGACCAACUUCUUCAAGUUCCUAUCCAAGACCACUACGGCCCAGCGCAUGAUUUUGGUUCGGGCCACGCUCAUCCCGUUUCUCCGCCGCCACACGACCGACGGCACGACCGACAACAAGACCAACUCGCAGCUGUCGCCCGAAGAUGUCGAGCGCCGUGCCUCCAUCCUCAACCGCUGGUGGACAGGCCUCUUGGAGAUGCUCGACAGCCCCAGCCAGCUGCAGGGCAAUGCCAGCCAGGGUCAAGGAGGCCUGUUUGGUGGCGGCACCUUCUUUGGCACGUCGACGAUUACCAACGGCAACUUUUAUGCUGUAUCGGGCGUCGACCGUCCCGUCGUCCUCGAGUGCAUGUCCCUCAUCAUGUCACGGCCCGAAUGGCGUCUUCUCACUACCGUCUUCCGCCCUCUCGCGGACCGGUCGCCCGGUGAGCGUGUGCGUGCCCGUGCCAACACGUCCGACUCCCGGCCCAUGGACGACCCGGCGUUGCUGGUCGAAGAGUCCGCCGAACACAACGUGCGCACCAUGUUCAUCAACAACCUGCUGGCCCAGCUGAUCCUUGUGGUCGACAAAAUGGCUCUGCGCCAGGCACCGCUCUCGAUUGUCAACUUUAGCGGCAAGGCCUGUGCCUACGCCUUUUUCUUUGUGCCCGGUGUGGCCGACAUCCUCAUCCGACUCUGGAGCUUGGACAAGAACAUUGAGCUGGUCCGCCGUGUUGCCGACGCCUUUGGUCUGCCCCGGCGCAGCAAGGGCGAGAGCGAGGACCUCGUGGCCCUGUUCCCGCCGUGCAUCGGUCCCUUGGGCUGGUCGUCUGUCAGCGCGAUGCAGGCGAAGCUGCGGCGCCCGCCUCGCAUGAGCCUGCUGCCACCGGCUUAUGUGUCUGCGUGCAGCCGUGUCUCGUGGUUUGCCCCUUGCUGGCUAUCCCGCUGGCGUGGUGCCGACACCGAUCUGCUGUUCAUCUUCUGCAAAUACUAUCACGUGCUGGCCAACGAGUUCAUGCCCAUCAGCCUGCAGCUGCCCCUCGUGGAAAAGGCCCGCGCGCCUGGGUUUGUGCUGCUGCACGCCCAGCUGCUGCACAUCUUUGACAACACCAUCCACCGGCAGGCAGCCGUCGAGGCAGCCAUGAUGAUGGCAGGUACGCCGAUGACCGAUGGUACCCCGUCGCUGUGGAUGCAGCAGCAGAUGCAGCAGCGCCAGCCGUUCCUCGUGGCCUCGUCUGACGACGCCUUUGUGCCCUCUUUUAUGAUGCAGCCCAACCACAAUCUGUUCCGCGACAUGGACGAGAACCGCAUUAUUGCUCUGCUGCGUGACCUGCUGACCGCAGACGAGUCGCUGGCUGGUGCGCGUGCCACGUUUGCCGGCUCGGCCAUGGUGCUCCUUAAAGCAGCCACCCUGCGCACGUCGCAGUACGACCACAAUGCGUGCUACAUUCUGUGCGACUUCUUGCACGAGAUUUUGCAAACCUUUGACAACUACUAUGGCUACGCCAACCGCGGUAGGGCAGCAGCGGAUUCGACGUCGGACUACCGGGCCCCUGUUCCGGCCAACGAGCCCAUUGAUUUCAUCGACUGGACGUUCUGGCUCGAUGUCUGCAAGAUGAUGCUCAACUCCAACAACACCAUGUCCGAGAUCCGUGUCUUAUCCUUUGUCUUUGCCACGUGGGACAUUGUUGCUGCCGACCCCGCUCGUAAGGAGGCGCUGUGUGUCGGUUGGCUGCUGACCGAGGAGGUCUUUGAGAAGUUCUUCAACAACUGGUGCCCUAUGGUGCGUGCCUACUACAUGCGUCUGCUCUGCUGGCGCAUGUGCCGCGACGCAGGCAGCAGCAACGAGCUCGACGCCAAUAUCUUCUUGCUUGUCUCCCAGCGCCUCAAGACAGUUUGGUCGCACUACCUCUGGCUCAAGCAAAAGGCCGACGCCGAGGGUGUCCCGCCGCCCUCGACCGCGCCGUCCUUGCCACAACCUGGCAAGCGUUUCAUGAUUGUGCGCACCGAAGUCACUGGCCCCAAUAUGGGCCUCCUCGCUAACGGCGCUGGUGGCUCUGGCAAUGGUACCGGCGCUGGCCGCAACCGCCCCCCGACCACGUUUGACGCCCUCGCUGGCUCGGUCAGCGGUAUCAGCACUGCCAAUUUGGCCUCGUUCAGUGGCAACGAUUUUGGCGUGAGCAGCCCUACGCUGUCCCCUGCGUCUGACGACAGGAAGGCAGAUGGCGGCUCCGCAAAGAAGAAGUGGUCACUCCUUGGCAAGGUCCUGAAUCUCACCUCCAAGACACCGUCGGAAGAAGACUUUGAGCAGAUGCGCCGGGAGACGGCUGUGGCCAUCGCCGCCUCUAAGCAAGGCGGGCCUUCUCUGCCUCCCAAAACGUCAUCAUCGUCGCUGCUGUCGUCCGGCGGCCGCGUGGGAUCACCGUCAUCGGAUUCGGACUCGUCUACUGGAUCGACGCCCGUCUUUGACGCGGCCCAAUUCGUUUUUCGGUUCAUGCUGCACAACAUCCCCUGGCAAAACUUUGGUGGUGGGCAGGGUGAGAUCGUGCUCCCGCCGGCCUACCGUGAGCGUGUCCUUACCUGCCCCCGGCUGCCGGCACCGGCCCAGGCCCGUGUCAGCGCCCGUACUGCCGCUUCAGGCAAACGCUCCGAGAGCCCGCCACCACCUGCCGCGGGCCUGCCCCCAAUCACGCGCCGCGUCUCCGGUUUUGCCACGGGCGGCCUGAUCAACGAAGCCCGCAAUGCCAACCCUGCCGAAUCAGUUCCGGUUGACGAUGACAGCAGCACGGCCUACCGCCGCAGCAGCUCAUCGACUGGUACCAAUGACGGAAGCGAGUGGCACGCGUCUGCGGCAGUGUCCGAGGACGAUUUCGAUGGUGAACGAGAGCGCGAGCGCGAGCGCGUGGUCGUGCAACCUGUCGAGCCCAAGGGCCACGAUGCGCAGAUGCGUGCCAAGUAUACGGGCCGUGCCCUGGCCGAGUGGAGCCUGGUGGUCAACGAGUGCAACUCGUUCAUCGACCGACGCCGCGACGAAGGCAUUUACGGCCUGAAGGACGUCGAGGUCCCGACACUGGGCGUGGAGGGCAUGCGACGUCUCGGUUAG